AGCUUGUUUCUAAAUGCAUAGUUUAUUAACCAGAAUAUAGACCGGGGGUUUAAAUUCUAGAACAUGACCUAAUAUAAAACCUUAUAUAUUUGUGGAAAUUUGACAACUUCAAACAAAAAGUUUAUAGUUCCUUGCUCGUUAAAAAAUCAUGACAAAAAGAGUAGCAAUUGUAACUGGAGCCAACAAAGGCAUAGGUUAUGCUGUAGUCCAGGCAUUAUGUAAACAGUUUGAUGGUGAUGUUCUCCUCACAGGACGAAGUGAAGAGAGAUGUAAGGCUGCUGUUGCAGAGCUCCUGAAAGAAGGACUAUCACCUAAAUAUCACCAAUUAGACAUUGAUGAUCAAGCUUCCAUUAACAAGCUGAGAGACUUUGUCAAAGAAAAAUAUGGUGGAAUUGAUGUCUUAGUAAACAAUGCUGGUAUUGCAUUCAAGCAAUCAUCUACAGCAUCUUUCGGUGAACAAGCAAGAGUGUCAUGUGGUACAAACUUCUAUGGUACACUGAACGUGUGUAACACACUCUUCCCUCUACUGAGACCACAUGCUAGAGUAUCAAAUGUGUCCAGUUUCGUAUCACAGAUGACAAUAUCCAAAUGUAGCAAAGAAAUCCAAGAAAAGUUUAAGAACCCAAGCAUCACUAUGGACCAGCUGAAAGGUCUUAUACAGCAAUUCAUUGAUGCUGCACAGACUGGCAGUCACCAAAAAGAAGGAUUUGCUGACUGGAGCUAUGGAAUGUCUAAGGUUGGUGUUACCGUGAUGAGCUUCAUACAGCAGAGAGAAUUGAACUCUGACCCUAGAGAGGAUAUUGUUGUGAAUGCAUGUGAUCCUGGAUAUGUUGAUACUGAUAUGACUUCACACAAAGGAACUAAAACAGUAGAACAAGGAGCAGAUACACCAGUGUAUGUAGCGAUGCUUCCACCUGGAACAACUAGUCCCAAAGGGGACUUUGUGUCUGACAGAACUAUUAAGAAAUGGGGAUGACGAUUUAAUAAGCUAUGCUGAACUCAUUUAUGGAUAAUUCUAGUUUAUAGUAGCCGCAAUUUAAAUUGUUUUUUUUUAUGAUUUGUUGAUAACUGUCAGCCUCACUUUUGAAAGCUUAUUGCUAUUUUGUUUUAUAUUUAUAUCUUAUCAUUAUAUACAUGCAAAACCGCAUUUUAUAUUACUUUUUUUUACAAUAAAACUUUAUUUUCCAUCCCUA